GAAGAACGGUGUUGGACAUAAUUAGUCGAACCUUGAAGCUGCUCUCGAAUAAGCUGGUGAAGCAAGCUGUAGUUUUACAGAAGUUUAUUUUUAAAUUUUGAGAACAGUUGGAGAGUAAGAGACAGAAGCAGUGGAGUUUAUUCAAGCAUUAGAUCUUGACUGAGAAAGAAGUCGUCAGUAAGACGUCCUUAGUAUCGCCUUUAUCGGGGAGUCGAGAGCUCAUUUUGGGCUCAACAAGACGUAAAGUACUGGUAGAUUGAGCAACAGAACAACUCGAACAUCUUGUUAUUAUUCAUCGUCAGUUGAACACAACGACUUGAUCUGUGUGGAGGAUUACUGUAGUGCAACCAUGGACCCAGGAGUUCAGAAUUCGUCGAAUAUCAACCAAACACAGCCUAUACAAUUGGGUGGGGAACCCGAAUAUUCAGUCGUCAUACGGUUUUUGCUGUUUGGUGCUAUCAUACUCGUGUCGCUUGUCGGGAAUAUUGCAGUCAUCUUCAUAACGUACCGUAACAGACAAAUGAGAACGUUCGCUUAUUUCCUCAUCGCGAACUUGGCCCUUGCAGAUGUCCUAGCGACUCUGUGUCUACCUAUAAUCGUCGCCUAUCUUGAAAUUGGAAAAUGGGUGUUCGGCGAAGUGAUGUGCAAGCUGGUCAACCCGAGUAUAACUGUGUUUGCAGUUGUGACAAGCAACACGCUCGUAGCAAUCGCCUGUGACCGAUUCCGUGCUCUGAUUUUCCCGUUCAAGCUCAAACCUUCCACGUCGGAGACCAGACUCAUCAUUGCUCUCAUCUGGAUGAUAGCUUUCCUAGUCACUUUACCCAGCUACGGUUCGAGAACUGUCACUAUUGAUGGCUAUUGUUUAGAGAUUUACAGCAGCGAUACUGAACAACAAAUUCUUUAUGUUAAAAUCUACACCACGUUCAUGUUCCUCGUAAAUAACUUUAUUCCACUUCUGGUCAUUCUUAUCCUGUACAUCAAGAUCAGUAUGACUUUGGCACACAUUACUUUGUUUCCUUCGCUUCACUUUAACAGACCCUCGUCCCUUGCACAGGACAGCCCUGGUGAAAGCCCAAGAAACUCUGUGUUGCUCCGUAAUGCGAACACUGCCUCAGCUACUAAACGGCAGACGAUGGAACGAAAGUUCAUUCGCAUGUUACUCACGGUAGUGCUGAUUUUCUUUUUCUGUUAUGUACCUUUCCAAGUGUUCUUCUUGAUUUGGUCUUAUCUUGAUCUCACAAAGGUGGUAGACAAUAAGGCACUAUAUUAUUGUAAUCAUUAUCUCCAUAUUCUAAUGUGGUUACCCACUGCAUUGAACCCGAUAUGUUAUGCAGCCCUCAACGAACGUUACGCCAAGUACUUUAAACGUAUACUAAGAUGUUCAUUCUCUAAACUCAAGCAGUUCGGGACGACAGCAAAUCCUAGUGGUUACACCGCUGCAUCUCGACGUAAAUCCUCGCCUUUAUCUGUCUGAGUCGAGUGCAUCCGAAAUACAUCGAAUACAUAGCGAAAUUGACCGCUAUAAUCUUCGUCCCUGUCCGAAGAAAUGGCUCGGGUUUAAAUCGGUGUAUAUUCCAAGUGCAUAACAGCAAUAUCACGAAAGCAUCGCGGCUUUGCAUUCGUAUUUCUAAAAGCGGCAAUUGUAUAUCCGAGGACAGCCCGAUGCUUUUACGAAGGAAAUCGGCUUAUCGGCCAUUGGUCGGAGUAAUAGAAACCAAUAAAACUGAUGAACUGUUGGAAGCUACGACUUAAUUCCGACUGCUUCACGAACAUAUUUAUGGACUCAAGGCGAACUAUGGGCGGACUAAGAAUAUAAUAUAUAUGGUAGGAUGAACUUACAGAUCUCGUCUUAUCCCAAAUUGACUGAUUUACUUGGGAGAGAAGUCAAGACGUAAAUAACUGGUAAAACGCAAAUAAACAAGUAUGUGUGGUCAGUGGAGACUUCAAGGAGGAAAUAAAAAAAUCAAUGUUUGUACGUCUAGUGUUCCGUGGAAACGAGACACGGAACCACAGUAGGUACGAACCGUAAUAGUCCCCUUCACAGUAGUUCCCUGGCCCAUUUAGUAAGAGGUAACCGUACCUGUGCAUCUAAGCGAGAACGGCGGUGACCUUACAAAAAUAAAUAUCACCGCCGUCCUAUCUUUGAUGCACGGGCAAGCGAUUGCCUACAAAAAUGGCGCUCAGAACUGUUAGGGGACUCUUAUUAAAUCAAUAGAAAAGGAUAAGUAAAGAAACUAGAUUCUCUUGCUUUCGACCUGGGAAACAAGAAAAAAAAACAAUCAUUAACUGUUGCUGGGAUGAAAUGUAGGUAGAUUCUUAUUGAAACGUUUAUUUAUGCCAAGACAACAGAGUGAAAAACAAGACUUGUGCAAAUGUUUUCGUAUUUAUGUUUUUUGGAAGUUGUUUGAAAUGGUGUAGUCGACUCUAUACAUAUCGUUGUUCCUGUACCAUCAACUAGUAUGUCCAAUAGAAUAAGUACAAUAUGUUAGCGUCUGUUCCGAAAGUCAAGCAAAUAGCUUAUGAUUGCAGCCAUCGUGGUCGACCAAUAGCAUUCGGGGUAAGUAUUCACGUGAUUAUUUCCCGCCAUAAUGGUGGUUGGUCAUUUUCACGCCCAAUAAACUUUACCCACAUCGAUUCUACCACCUAGUUGGUUUACCAUUUAGAACGAUUUCCAUCAUAGUUUAUGAUAUGACCAGUGUUCAAAGAAGACACACGUCGAAAUCCCGAAUGGAGGACAUAACAAUAGGUUUCCAAUUCUCAGGAAAUUGAAAUUAUUUUGUUUUGUCCUCCAAAUUGAACUGCUUUGACGUCACAUGCAUGGGGUCUAUUCAGGGCAAGAGAUAACGAAGCCUGUUUUUCCACCAAUAUAGCAUUCUGCCCCGGUUAACUUUACAUGAUGGUGAUUAUUUAACAGCGACGGCAGAAAUACUUUGCUUAGUGAGCCACGGGAUUGCUUGUGGUCGCAGGUUUAUUGAAUACCGUCUUCUUUAGCACUGUCAUAUGGUACACACUUGCAUUACAAGCAAAAGCAUAAGCAACAGGUGCAGACUCGAAGAUGUCCUUCGCACGUCUAUGGGACACGACUAUAGCGGUGCGCACUUGCUUAUGCUUAUACUUGUGCAAUCAAGCUUAUGUAGACAAGUUUCUAUACAUCGUUUCAUCGGUCCAACGCAAAGCAUCCAAUCGAGGCUGCGAGAGUAAGAAACUGAAGUCAAACUUGUACCCUACAGCCUCAACCUCAUGUUUUGUGUUUGACCAUUGAAUCGAUCAAUUAGCGGAUUAGAAUACGCGAGUGAAAAGCGUCUCCGCAUGUGCUUGUAACUUAAGGCUAAUUCUUUUAUAUGGUCUUUAUAAUACAGUAUCUUGAUCUUAUAAAAGUAAUUUUUCUCAUCAGAUAUUCGGAGAAAAGAAACGUUUGUUUUCUCACUAAAACACUCUAGUAUAGACCUAAUUAGCUUCGUAUGCAAAUUGCCCAUUCCAGAUCACAUGACAUUCCCUUGAGAAUUGUUCUUUUAUGACGAACAUGUUAAAAUAUCUACACGUGAAAGAAUCAACUCCCAAGAGUGGCAUCACAUGGUCUGAAAUGUGCACAACAAACAAUGAAGCUAGAUUGCUAAAAUGAACGCAUGCGCAGACUUAUUAAACUCGUGUCAAGAUGCGAAUUUUCGAAGAAAAGAAAUUGAAAUUCCAGUUAUUUACCAUCUGUAUUUAUUUAUUUCUAUGAUUGAACAGUCGCAAAUGGACUGAGAGUGAUUGAAUUCAAUGAAUUAAAAACGUGUGAAGAUCUCAAAUUAAUACCAAUAAAUUAAGAAACCAAUAAA